AUGAACGAUGACCCGGGCAUCAGCGGCCCCAGCUUCGAUGCGUCUGCGCAGCUGCCAGAGCCCGCCUUGGACAUCACCUUUGAUUGGGAGGAGAAGGCCAGGCUGCCCGCAUCUGCUGGCUUGGUCAGGGAGCUGCUCCAGCGGCAUGAUGAGAAGCUGACCGCCAUUUUUGAGGACGGCUUCAAGCAGAUCCAGGUCCUCAUCGAAAACAAGGCUCCAGGAGCCGGCCCGGCUGUCGUCAACCUGCAGAGCUUGGGGCCAGUGAAGAAAAAGAAGCGAAUAAGGGCGUCUACAGCGUCUGGAGCAUCAAGACGGUCUGGCAUGUCAAAAUCUGACGACAGCGACGGCAGUGCUGCCUCCCACCAGGCCAUUGACGUGCUCGGAAAGGUUGGCCGGACGAGCCUAGUCAACCUGGAGAGCUUCGAGGAAGCGCCGCAUACUUGCUGGUCUGUGGAUUCCUGGUGUCCUUGCGUGCCUUCCGAGGAGAAUCCUCCGAACAAUCGUGUAAGUCGUCUGGCUCGAAAACUAGUCGAUGCUUACUCGUUUGAAACUUUUUUUGCUGGUGUGAUCAUGACCAACUCCCUCUUCAUUGCCAUUCAGGUCGAGUACUCCGCUUCACAGCCAGGAGGGCCGCCUAACUUCGGCCUGUUCAUUGUAUCAUCAGUCUACAGCCUCUUGUUUACGGUUGAGCUGCUGCUUCGGCUUGCUGCAGCUGGCCCCAGGCUCUUCUGUGGGCAGGACUGGGCCUGGGCGUUGCUGGACACCAUAGUAGUAGUUACCAGCGUCUUCGAGUUCAUCGUGGAACUACCCUAUCAGAGAGCGGAAGGCCAACCUGAUGAUCAAAGCCUGUUCGGGAACAUGCGCCUCCUGCGCAUACUGCGGAUUGCAAAGAUCACGCGAGCCGUACGCAUCAUCAGGUUGGUGAAGUUUAUCAGAGCAUUGAGGUCGUUGCUGUUCUGCAUCGGAAAAACGCUCCGAGCUAUGGCAUGGUCAGCAGCGCUUCUUGUACUGAUCAUUUUCCUAUUUGGGCUGGUGUUCACCGACAUCGCCACCGAGUACUUCGCAAACCCUGACCAGCAGUGGAAUCCUGUGACCACAGAUUUUCUGAAGCUGCGCUUCAGUUCUCUGGAGGGCUCUAUGCACACGCUGUUCGCCUCCAUAACAGGAGGCUUCACCUGGGUGGAAGCCCGCGAUGCUUUUGCGGAGAUUUCUUUUGUUUGGGGCAUCAUGUUCCAGUUCUUUAUCUCAUUCUGUUUGUUCGCUGUCUUGAACGUCAUGACUGGCGUGUUUUGCCAGUCGGCAAUCGAAAGUGCAGAGAAAGACCACGAGUUGAAUUUGCAGAUGUUGGCCCAUGAAAGGGCAAAGUACUUCCGGGCAGUGCGUCGGCUGUUUCAGCAGCUGGAUCAGAAUGCAGACGGUGGCAUAACUGUCAAAGAGUUUGAGGUCGCCCUGCAAGAGCCGACGCUCAUACAGGUGUUCGAUGCUUUGGAGAUAAGUGCCGACGAUGCUUGGGCCUUGUUUACCCAGCUUGAUUCCGACGGUGACGCACAUGUGGAUGCAGAGGAAUUUCUUGAAGGCUGCAUGCUGCUCAAAGGACCUGCGCGGUCAAUCGACGUCAUGGGCAUCAAAAGAGAUCUUGCUGUUGUGAAGCAGCGGCGACCGCUGCUUGAAAAAGCAGUGCCAGGUCGCCAGGGCGGAAUUGAGUGUCAGCGAUGGAAGGUGUUCCACUGGAUUUUUGUGCGGGCAGUGGACGACGACUAUGUAACCGGCCUUGGCAUCUGGCGACGCCGCUUGCUCAAGUACCAGGUUGGCCUCCAGCUGCGAGAUGAAAAGCUUUUCCAGCGCUUGGAGGAGUGGCUGUCGCGAAUGGAGGCCAUUGUGGACAAUGCCCUGACCUUGGCAGCACGACAGGCGAAGCCACUAUCGCCGCGUUCCUUUUGCUCAUCCGGUGAAGAGCCCUCACUCGCCGAUGCUCCGAUCACUAAGGUGAAACGGAAGACCCGUGUCGACAGGGACGAGGAGAGGCGAUCGCAACAGGGCGUGGAGAGCCCCUCUGCCAACGUUGUUGCGAGCAUUCUCGAAGAUGAGCUCCAGGAGCAAGAGAAACCGAAGCUGGGAGUUUCCCGGACCAAGGCCUUCGAAGUGCAGGAGAGUGAGGGCUUGAGGCAGCAAGUGGGCAGCUGUUUGCAGUCAAUACUCCAUACCCACCUGGACAAGGAGGAUGAAAAGCUCAGCUGGCCACGACGAACCCUCGCGCGCAUUGUCAAGUCCUGGCUGUUCGAAGCAAUCUUUGCCAUCGUGAUCCUAUCGAACUCAGUCUUCAUCGCCAUUCAGGUGGAAGCAACAUCGCAAAAUCCAGGCAUCGACCAAGAUCUUGGCUUCUUCAUUGCCGGCUCAGUCUACACUUUCCUGUUCACUUUGGAGCUGCUUCUGCGUAUCGCAGUCCACGGCAUCACUGUUUUCAUUGGACCAGACUGGGCUUGGCUUUUCUUGGACUUGCUUGUGGUGUCUUCAAGCAUAUUCGAAUUUGUGUUGGAGAUGGCAUUGCAGCAGCAAGAGGACAGCGCCAGCGUCCUGACGAACAUGCGGCUUCUGCGAAUUCUGCGCAUUGGUAGAAUAACGCGUGCUAUACGCAUUGUGAGGCUUGUCAAGUUCAUCCGGUCCUUGCGACAGCUUCUCUACUCUAUCGGCCAAACCUUGAGAGCCAUGGCGUGGUCGGUUGUGCUUCUCGGGCUCAUCAUAUUUCUGUUUGGCUUGAUAUUCACAGACAUCUGCAGCGAAUACAUGACGCGGGAACCGUCGGAAAUCACUCAGAGAUACGUAGGCUUCAUCGAGGAUCGAUUUGGCGGCCUCGAGAGUUCCAUGCACACGUUAUAUGCCUCGAUUACUGGAGGCCUGACGUGGAUCGAAGCCCGUGAUGCGCUGGCAGAGAUAUCCACCCUUUGGGGUCUGCUCUUUGAGGCAUACAUCGCUUUUUGCACGUUCGCAGUGCUCAACGUGAUGACAGGCGUGUUCUGCCAAAGUGCAAUGGAGAGUGCCGAGAAAGAUCAUGAGCUGGUUUUGCAGAACGUCGUCCAAGAGAAGGCAAAGUACUUCAGAGCUGUCCGUCGCCUCUUUGCUCAGUUAGAUCAAAAUGGAGACGGCGGCAUAACUGCCAAGGAAUUCGAGGUCGCACUGCAAGACCCCGCGCUCAUGCAUGUCUUCGAUGCACUCGAAAUCAGCGCGGACGAUGCCUGGAACUUAUUCACCCAGCUGGACUCAGAUGGUGAUGCCCACGUUGAUGCUGAGGAAUUUCUGGAAGGCUGUAUGCUUCUCAAAGGUCCUGCCAGAUCUAUUGAUGUCAUGGGCAUCAAGAGAGAUGUUGCAGUUGUGAAGCAUCGCUUGCAGCAGGUUUUCGCGACCUUGCGGUAUUCGACGUAG